AUGACUCGUGAAUCAUCUCCGGCAAACAAGAGAGUUAAGAGAAGGGAAGUUUCAAAACCUGAUAACACUUCGUCCAUUAACAGUCUUGGGAAUCCCGGGGACGAAGUGCUAAUUAACGAUGAUAUUGAAAUACCUAAAAAAAACACUGAACUAAUGCCAAAAUGUAUUUCAAAUGAGGAAAAGAACUCAAGAGAGUCCAUCAAGUAUGAAGAAGAAUCUUUGGAUUCCAUUGCCUCGAAGUUUACCCAACACAAUAUCAAAAUUCCUGAAUCAUUCAGUUUGAAAGAACUAGACACACUUAAUGAAAUUGCUAAACAAAACAUGCAGAAACUAGAAUCACUAAAAGCUGCUCAAGAUGUUUCCCCAUUCGUUUGGAAUGUCUUGGAAGAUGCUUACAAUGCUAUCUUUGAUGAUUAUACUAAUACAUCGCAGGAAAUUCUUAUGAAAUUAGAAGAAUCUUUCAAACAACGAGUUGCAUGGCAAGAUCUUGUUUUCAAUUUAGAUAGAUUUAGAAGUAUUCACAGACUCACUAAUUCCGAGAGGUCAAUCACCGCAAAGGAAGCAGUGAUUAAUAUGAAGAAGCAGAAGAUGAAACGUUCUGCCAGUCUUAUACAAUGUGAAUUGGGUAAAUUCAAAAUCUUUGAGUAA